GGCUGUCCCCAAUAAUAAUAGGACUUCUUCAAGUUUCGUGUCAGAUCCACGGAGCCGUGCAGCGGCGUCCUUAAAGUCACAGCAAAAAAAAAAAAAAAAAACUCCAGUUGCUUCUGUUUGCUACAAGAUGACGGCUAAAACUCUGGAGAAGGUGCCUCUGAAUCUCGGAGGGUUCGAGAGCGUGUAUUCCGUGGAGGAUAUGACCACCGGAUUGCCCACUUCGGUGGCUGUGUUUCCCAAUUCUGACUUGGGGGCCCAUUACGACCAGAUCAACGUGACUGCAGAUUCCCUAAUGAGCGCAGAAAUGAGCGCAGAGAGGCGUUCUCUGGACCUCUCAUCAUACGCCAGCGGCUUCCCUCAACCUUCUUCUUCUUCUUCUUCUUCUUCUUCCACACACCGCAACCAGACUUUCACUUACAUGGGGAAGUUCUCCAUCGACUCCCAGUAUCCCACAAACUGGAAGCCCGAAGGAGUCAUCAACAUCGUCUCGGGUAUCUUCAACGUCGCCCAUCCUCCUCCUCCUCCUCCUCCAUCCACCUCGUCGUCCGCUUCCCCGGCUUCCGCUGGAUCCCCCGGUCACUUUUCAGGCGGGAAUUUAAGUUGCACCAUGGCUGCGGCCCACCACAACCAAGCCGAGAUGGAGCACCAUCAGCUCUACUCCCCUCCACCGCCGUACUCCUCCUCCGCUUGCGGGGAAGUGUACCAGGAUCCAUCGGCGUUCCUCUCCACUUCAUACCCGCCACCGUACUCCUCCCCUAAGCCGCACGGCGGCCAAGAGGCGCCGGGACUCUUCCCGAUUAUCCCCGACUACCCUGGCUUCUUCCAGCCGGCUUGUCAACGAGACAUGCACGCUCCAAGCAUCCAAGACCGGAAACCAUUCGGCGCAUGUCCGCUCGAUACAUUCCGUGUGCCGCCACCCUUGACCCCGCUGAACACGAUCAGAAAUUACACUCUAGGUGGUCCGAGCACCGAAGCCGGAACCCAACCAAGACUCCCCACCGCAUAUAGCCCCCAAAACCUCCCACUGAGGCCCAUUCUGCGUCCUAGAAAAUACCCGAACAGACCCAGCAAGACCCCCAUCCACGAGCGUCCGUACCCGUGUCCGGCGGAGGGCUGCGACAGGCGUUUCUCCCGCUCCGACGAGCUCACCAGACACAUUCGCAUCCACACCGGACACAAGCCAUUCCAGUGCCGGAUAUGUAUGCGUAACUUCAGCCGCAGCGACCACCUCACCACGCACAUACGCACGCACACUGGAGAGAAGCCGUUUGUCUGCGACUUUUGCGGACGCAAGUUCGCGCGUAGCGACGAGCGGAAAAGACACACGAAAAUCCACCUGAGGCAAAAGGAGAGAAAAUCCUCUGCCGUGUCCUCCUCCUCGUCCUCCUGCGGGAGCUCCGCGUUGGAGCGCGCAGGCGGCAUCGGCGCAACCAAUGCGGUUUGUUCCUAGGUGGGAUAUUUUACGCACUACCUCACCAGACCAAUUAAACAAGAAAACAAAAUCAGCGGUUCUGUCAUCAAACUGUUCUCGCCAAACGCACGCGGCUCAGACUCAGGCGCGUAAUUGCGCACAAAUCUGCUCCAAAAUGACAGCACGACUGUCACAAUUGCACUUUGCCCGCACAGUCUACUGAACAUACAAUAGCCAAUCAUUAACAAAGAAAGGGGAAUUAACAUUUGGCAAAAAAAAAAAAUAAUUGAUUUAUAUUAUUUAAGAGUGUUAUUUAAGGCUUCUAACACACGUUUCCCCCUUCAGUGCCUUGUUGUGUCUUCUCAUUUAAGGACGCUUCUAAUGCAAUGUAUAUUUCUCCUUUUAAUAUGUAAAGACAUUCUAUUUUUGUACUCAUUUUGUCUUGUGUUGAAUAAAAUACUGUACAUGUGGACUUGUAAAACAAUACUUGGUGUGUAAAUACACAACUCAUACAUACUGCAGUGUGUUGUAAUGUGUG